ACCAAAUGCUCCGAAUAAGAAAAGUCUUUUCCCUCGCCCUCGCUCUCUUCCAUUUCCCUCUUCGCUUCUCCUCCAACCCUAACCCUAAAACCCUCAAAACCCAAGCCAGAAAAUCCCCACAAAUCCAAAAAUCGAAUGCCCUAAUCAACUCCGCUGGCCGCUUCGGCGAUCGCCGGGUCCCUGCCGCCGGCCCCCGCUCCAGGAAAGAUUCAACUGGAGGCUUUGUCGAUGUUGCUAUCACGAUCUUUCGAAGAAUUGGGCAUCCUGAUGUGCACUCAUAUAGUAAUUUAAUUGUCGGCCUUUGUAGGUUUGGGAGGUUAGCAAAUGCCGUUGAGGUUUUCCAUCAGAUGAGUGUGUCUAAUUUGGCUCCUACAAGAUAUGCCGCUAAUAUUCUUAUCGGACAAUUGUGCGAGCUUGGUGGCAGGAAUCAACUGAUUGAAAAGGUUAAGGUUAAGGACUGGCGCAGGCCAUUUGACAUUUUGGUUCCCAAUAUUUGGGCAAAGAGUGGUAUAGAAACUGCGGUUGAGGUUUUGUGGGCAAUUACCAAGUUGGGUUUGUUGCCAAGCUCGCAUGUUGUGAAUGGACUUGUUUCAGAGCUUUGUCGAUUGGGAAGCAUUGAGGAAGCAAUUGAAAUUUUGAAGAUGGCUGAGAAUAGGAAGAUGAGAUCCAUUGAUGAGAGUUACACCAUUGUGAUAAGAGUUCUUUGUGGGCUACGUAGGAUGGAUGAAGCUUGUAAUUUAUUUGGAAGGAUGAUAUUUCUAGGAUUGAAGCCAAAGCUUAUUGUCUACAAUUCAAUAAUUCACUCAUUUUGUAAGUUGGGGAAUGUAGCUGAAGCACAAGAUUACUUUGAUAUUAUGAAUAAGAGGAGGUGCGAACCAGAUUGUGUAACAUAUACCAUGUUAAUUCAUGCAAACUGUGCAAAUAGGAAAUGGGAGGCAGCUUAUGAGCUGUUGAUGGAGAUGGUAGGAUUGGGAUGGAACCCGCAUUUUGGUACUUACAAUUUGGUGAACGGUUUUCUGAAAGAAUAUGGAAGGCUUGAUUUGUCACAGAAGUUAGAACGAAAAAUGGAAGUUGAGAACUUACAGGCUUAUUGUAAAGCAGGUAAAUUAGAAGCUGCCUAUGAUAAGUUAAGCUCAAUGCUUGCCAAGGGCUUUUAUCCACCGGUCUAUGCAAGGGAUGCAUUUGAGCAGGCAUUUCGGAGAUCUGGCAGGUGGAAGAUAGCACAGGAACUGCUUGCAAGAUUGGAUCAAAUUGUCAGCAAGAAUAGUUCUCAAGCUUGAAAGCUUUUGGCCCAAGUAAUCUUAAGUUCCAAUAAUUCUUCAAAAUACUAGUAUUCAUAAAGGCUCUACCUCACAAACUAGAAUUAUCUGAUCUAUAGGUAUCAUUUCCAACCACCAUCUAUGAACAGAUGCAUGCACUUGCACAUGAUUGUACCUACCUUUAUAUCGCUGAUGUACGUGCACUUAUUUUUUGAGUUUUUAUAUGUAUCGACUGAAACUAGGACCACUGUAGCCAUACAAACAAUAUUCAUAUAAAUACACAUGCAUGCAUGCACUGGCACAACAAUACCCACACAGAUAAUAUUAUUUCGAGCUAGCUUGCUUGCCUCUUAGGAUAUUUAGCUUUACUUUUUGGCCUUAUGCUAACUAUCUUUUUUCUUAUUGCAUAGAAGGUCAUGUAAAAUAUGGUUUAUGAUAAAUUUUAGAAUUUGCAGAAUUAUUUCAUCCAAAUCCAUUGAGAAGGAGAAAAAAGGAUAGACAACUAGAGAUCCACCUGCUAAUUUUGACAACGUGCAACUGAUCAGGAAAAGAGGAGACUGAUAUAAAAAUUUAAAGAAGCAUGUUGAUAAAGCUGUUGGUUGUUAUGUUUGUUGCAAAUUUGAAGUGUUUCACUUCUUGAAGAUAAAGCAUUCUGUCGAUUAAUUGAUUUGUUUUUCUGCCACCAAGUUCCCUUGAUUCCCAUGUUUAGAGAGAGAUGCCUCAAUAUGCAAGUCUACUUCUUCACCCUGCAUUUUUCUUCACAAAUUUAAAUAAAGCUCUUGACUUCAGGAUCCAGAUCAUGAUAAUUAUUCCUGUAUAACUUCAGACUUGACUAUAAGUACUUAGAGACAAUUCCUCGACCAUGCAAUCCAUGAGAUAUACUCUGCCUCGAGCCUAUCCUUAUCCAUGCUGCUAACCACAUGAGCUAUCUUAUUGUUUUACUUUAAGAAUAAAUUCCACUGAAUAGAAGACUCUCAAUCUAUUUUAGGAGUAGCCGCAGACUGAAAACAGUACUGUAUCCAAAUAAAUAAAACAAACCAAAAAACAGACAGACAGAGACAAACAAACAAACAAAUAAAUAAAAUUGACACUCAUAUUGUUUCUCCACAUAAGAUGCCAAUCCAUUCCAUCACCAUCUACAUUACCAUGAUAGGCACAAUGAAACUUACAUGAGAUAUCAGUUUCUGUUUAAAAAUACUUGAAUGGGGAAUGCUUAGUGGAUUAUACUUUUAGAAAAUUUCUUUUGCAUGAAUUUUCAUUCAAUAUCUUAAUUCAAAAAAAAUUCAAAAUGAUAGAUCAUCAAAGCAACAAAUGUCCCUGGUUGCUGAUCUCCUACUGAUGAAUAUUUGUUACUAAUGAAAAACUGGAUGGGCCAAUUUGCUUUACAGCCAUGUCUAUUCUGCAUAUAACCUGCUUCAGACCACAACAAUAGGCGGCACUUUGAAUACCAGAGAGUUAGAAUAAUUCUAAGAAGUUUUUCAGUGAAAAGGCAAAAAAAAAAAAAAAAAGACAAAACAAGAAAUUUUAUUUAUAAGAUGUGCCAACUAGAAAUCACAAGAUAUUCGAAACUUUAUACAAUAUUCAUAUUGGUAAUAGAUUUUCCUCUCCAUUUAUCUGAGAACUUGAUGUUGAAAUGAUUAAGGAUGCUACAAUUCCCAUGCCUAUUACAAAUAUGUUUCCUUUCUGGUUAACAUGCCACAUGCAUGAGGGGAUUGGUUUAAGAACCCACCAUGAAUGGUACCAAACCAUGAAUUGCAUCAAUCCCACAUGCAAUAUGACUUGCCAGCUAUAAAGUGAGGACUUUUGGAACCAGGGUUGGGCCUUAACCCCUUAGGGGUCGUUCUUUUGUGGGUAAAUAUCAUGAAAAAGUUAGUCAAUUUUUUCAUUGACCAACUUACCCAUGUUCUCACACUUUUCAAGAUGGACAAGUUACUUUACCAUGGGCAACAUUUACCCAUAAAAUGAAAAAAAAUUUUAUGCAUCCAGAGGGUGGCUAAAUCAUUUUUUCAUUAGUCAGUAAAGUAGAUAUUUAAUGCUGUACCUGAAAUGUCCGUCCUCAUUUUCAAUGUCUCCAUCAUUCAAUACUUAAUAACUUAGUCAAAUCUAAAAAGCAUAAGGGAUAUCAUGGAAAAUAUGGAUAAAUUUUAUCAACUUAUCCAGAAAAGUAGUAAUGUAAAAGAACAUGGGUAAUAAAUUCCGAAGCCACUUUCCUAAGUGUAAAAGAGCAUAGGUAAAUUAUUUUUCUAUCUAAAUAUUGUCUGAAAAAUAUUUACUCAGGAAAGUAUGGAUUCUCAGGCAAAUCUUUUACCUACAAAAGAACGGGCUCUUAAGUGGAAGGAUAUUGUAACGACCAAAGAUCACUGGAUAAUGUCAGAGUACUUCUAUGAGAAAAACAAAAUACACCUAUGGGGAUGGCAAUAUUAGCCGAGCUAUUGGGUAUCUAACCCAACCCGAUCCAACCAACCUGAAUGGGGCAGGUCUUACCCGAAUCGAUUAGAACCCAGAGUGGGUACAAGUUCUAGAAAAAAAUAUCUAAAGUAGGUUUGAGUCGUGUAUGGAUAAUUGUAUGCCUUGUCCCAAAUCUAAUCUGAUUUAAUCUUAAUCUAUAUUCCUCUUUCAAAAUUAUAAUUGUUUUAUAAUGUUUGCAUGAUGAGUUUCUUAUGUAAUCUGAUCUGAUCUAACCUUUUUUGUCUACCCGACCCAAUCCGACCUGCAUCUCUAAUUGAUCCGAUCCAUCCUGACCCAAGGUAGGUACGGGGCGGGUAUGGGUAUGGAGUUUAUAAGUGCGGGAUAGGUACGGAUAUUGGCCAACCCGACCCAUUGCCAUCCCUAUACACCUAAUAGUUGCUGAUACAAAAAAUAUAACAGAAUUAUUUUUUUAGUCGAUAGAUGGUGAGAUUAUUGAUUAUUUAAAUGCAUUGUAUAUUAAGGGUGGGGGAAGGGAUUGAUACAUUGCUAAUUUGCUAUGUUAAUACAGAUCCCGGGCAUUUUUAUCAUGCUUUCCCUCAUACCCAUGGUAUGUUUCCUUUGGCUUCACCAAGCUUUUCUAUAUUAGUUAGUCCAUGUGCUUAUCAUCCAUUGUUUCUACAUCUAAUCUCCUACUUGUUCUCGAACCUUGAAAAUUGGAUGUGUCAUAUUAGGUAAUUCUUAAAACAAGAGGUGUAUGUCAUGUAAGGUGCACCAUCUUGCAGGGUUAUGGAUUGCUAGCAUUGCAAGCACACCUUCCCCACUCCAUCCACUGGAAUGCGAUGUCAAUGGCAACAGAAAAACAGGGAGCAAGAUCAUGGUUGCAUGCAACUCUCCUUUACAUAGCCAUGUAUGCCUUUGCUUUGGCUGAGGGUGGUAUGCAUUCUGCCUAACCAUCUCUGUGUGGUGGUCAGCUCUACAACUGGUUAAAUCAAAGCACUAGUCCAGCUUCUUCAGCUGGUUCACCUUUGGCACCUUAUGAGGACCUUUCACAGGCUAAUUCUCAUGGUGUACAUUGAGAAUGACAACAGGUUUCUGUGGCUGCCUUCAGAAAAGCAAAGGCUCGUAGUACCUGAAAAUCAGGAUCAACUGCAACAGAUUGCUGAACAUAUGACUGUGUUAUCUCAUACAAAGGGUCUAAAAUUUCUUAAUAAAGAUUGCCCUUCUAUUGAUCAUGGAGACAAGGGGCCUUCAUCCUUCUGCAUUGUAAAGUGCUGUCAAAGAUUGUCCUUCAGAUGUUUCCCAUCUUCAUCAGCUCUGUGCUACCAAUUCCUAUGCUAUUGACGUUCACCAUCCAGCAAGGCAGUCCUAUGAACACAAGGCUGAGAAAAAUUCAUAUUUCUCCUGCACAUCUCUUUGUAAUUCCAAAAUCUUUCAGUCGGUGAUCCGAGUAAUCUACAGAGCCAUUAAUUGUGCCUUUUGCUUGAAGGAUAACGGGCUAUGUAGGUGGGAUCACUCCCCUGCAGCGUGUUGGUAUUGACUUUAUAUCAACAUCUUUCGCUACAUGUGUGGCAGCUUUGGUGGAGAGAGAAAGAGCAUUGCAGAGAAGAAUGGGCUAGUGGACACUGACAAAGGGGUGCCCAUGUCGGUGCGCACUUUUUUUUCGGGCAUCUUUGAUGUUACUUGUUCUACUGGAUCACUAGAUUUCUAAAGAAUGCAAUCGAUGGGGACAACCAUAUUCUGGUGCACACUUGGGUCUGCAUCCCGCACUUUCUAGUUGACAUGGUGCAAAGCUGCUGGACAGGGUGAUGGGGAAAAGGGAUAGUUAGAGGGAGCCACCUUGAUCGGUUCUGGUUACUUUCAGUCCAUGGACUCCUGGCAUUCUUGAACUAUUUGUACCGGGCAUGGAGGUAUUCCUGUAGGCAUAUUCCCUGCAUUACAACAGAGAUGGUUGAAUGUAAUGACAAGAUUUCUUCCCAAACAGGGGAGCUGGUUGUGAUUUAAUUGCAUCACAUUGUAGGAAGGUUAUUUCUCAGAGUUGGUUAUUACAUCAAUAUAAGUGCAAAUAAUCUAUUUAUUGGUAGGCAAGUGAUGUAUCAUUAAAGAAUUUGGUGGCAAAUGAAUGGAGAAUACUAGCAUUUCUGUCA